GGCAUCUAGAUGAUGAUGGGUUGCCACAUGGAUUCUGUACAGUCACCUAUUCAUCGACAGACAGAUUUGAGGGAAACUUCGUGCAUGGCGAGAAGAAUGGCCGUGGCAAAUUCUUCUUUUUUGAUGGAAGCACCUUGGAAGGGUACUAUGUUGACGAUGCCCUGCAAGGCCAGGGGAUCUACACCUACGAGGAUGGAGUGGUGCUUCAUGGCACAUACGUGGAUGGAGAGCUGAAUGGACCAGCCCAGGAGUAUGACAGUGACGGGCGGCUGAUAUUCAAAGGGCAGUAUAAAGACAACAUUCGACAUGGAGUUUGUUGGAUCUAUUACCCAGAUGGAGGCAGCCUUGUGGGAGAAGUGAAUGAAGAAGGGGAGAUGACUGGAGAGAAAAUAGCCUAUAUGUACCCUGAUGGAAAGACUGCAUAUUCUGGAAGGUUCAUAGAUGGAGAAAUGAUAGAAGCAAAACUGGCAACUCUGACAUCUGUGGAGGAUGGGAAACCUCAGUUUGAAGUAGUAUCAGGCAGCCCAGUGUACAGUUUUGACAAAUCUACUUCAUCCUGCAUUUCUACAAAUGCACUUCUUCCUGAUCCAUACGAGUCAGAGAGGGUGUAUGUUGAUGUGUCUCUCAUUUCCAGUGCUGGAGAAGGAUUAUUUUCAAAAAUAGCAGCAGAGGCCAGUACAGUUAUGUCCUUUUACAACGGAGUGCGAAUUACACACCAGGAGGUAGACAGCAGAGACUGGGCCCUCAAUGGAAAUACAAUAUCCCUGGAUGACGAAACGGUCAUAGACGUGCCAGAACCCUACAACCACGCCGCCAAGUACUGUGCCUCGCUGGGGCAUAAGGCCAACCAUUCUUUCACUCCAAACUGCAUCUAUGACCCGUUUGUUCAUCCUCGCUUUGGGCCCAUCAAAUGCAUCCGCACCAUCAGAGCUGUGGAGAAGGAUGAAGAGUUAACAGUGGCUUAUGGAUACGAUCACAACCCCGUUGGCCAAAACGGGCCAGAAGCACCAGAGUGGUACCAGCUGGAACUGAAAGCUUUCCAGGCUGCCCAGCAAAAGUGAAAUGAAAGCUACUGCUUUGUUCAGCAAACUGAAAUAGAAACUUGGAUCUAUGCACUACCUUUAUACUGAAAACUGGACAACCAG